AUGUGUAGCUUGAGUUUCUGCAGGAUGGAGGUUCAUCACGGGAUCAGGAAUGCGAGACUUCAAGGGGACUACAGUGAUUAUGCACUGACCGAACCUUGUCCUUUGAGGUCUACUGAUGAUCCUUCGGGGUCUAAAGACGUUCCAGGGAGAGCUUUGGUCACAUGGACCAACAACAUGCGAAAGCAGGCAAAACGGAGCUAUGCCGAACAACAGCUCGAUCGAUCCCAUACAACAGUAGGGGGUUCGAUCAAGCUGUACAUUUAG